AGGUCGCGAGGCCUCGGCGUGGCCGCCGCCCUCGGAGGGUCACGUGGCCUUCCCUGGGUGCUGGGAGGACUCCAGGCUGUAGGGGCAAAAAGAGGAGCAGGGAGGCGGCCGCGACCCCCGCUGCAGGCCGCGGUCUGGAAGUAGCAGCAGCAGCAGAGCUAAGGAUCUGUGAGCCCUGCGUCCUGCCAACCAUGGAGCAAGUGGGCUGAGGCCCCAGCCUGGGGCUCUAGCCACCAUUCCAGCGAUGGCUGUGAAGAGGGCUCUGCCGGCCCAGGCAGCUACGCGUUGAAAGCCGCCAUCCAGCUGCACCAGCUCGGCCUGUGGGCUGCCUUCGAGAGCCGUGCCUGUCCCUGCCGGCCCUGGAGCUGGGGUGCCGCAGCCCCCACCAAUGGGGAGGUGGGCCCUGGACCUGGCCUUCGUGUGGAAGGCCGUGUUGACCCUGGGGCUGGUCCUGCUCUACUACUGCUUCUCCAUCGGCAUCACCUUCUACAACAAAUGGCUAACGAAGAGUUUCCACUUCCCCCUCUUCAUGACCAUGCUGCACCUGGCCGUCAUCUUCCUCUUCUCCGCCCUGUCCAGGGCGCUGGUGCAGUGGUCCAGCCGCAGGGCCCGUGUGGUGCUGAGCUGGACUGACUACCUCAGGAGAGUGGCCCCCACGGCACUGGCAACAGCACUUGAUGUGGGCUUGUCCAACUGGAGCUUCCUCUACAUCACCGUGUCACUGUACACAAUGACCAAAUCCUCUGCCGUGCUGUUCAUCUUGAUCUUCUCUUUGAUCUUCAAGCUGGAGGAGCUGCGUGCAGCCCUGGUCCUGGUGGUCCUCCUCAUCGCCGGGGGUCUCUUCAUGUUCACCUACAAGUCCACUCAGUUCAACGUGGAGGGCUUCGCUCUGGUGCUGGGGGCCUCGUUCAUUGGGGGCAUCCGCUGGACCCUCACCCAGAUACUUCUGCAGAAGGCUGAGCUGGGCCUCCAGAACCCCAUCGACACCAUGUUCCACCUGCAGCCUCUCAUGUUUCUGGGGCUCUUCCCUCUCUUUGCCAUAUUUGAAGGUCUCCAUUUGUCCACAUCUGAGAAAAUCUUCCGUUUCCAGGACACAGGGCUGCUCCUGAGUGUGCUCGGGAGCCUCUUCCUUGGCGGGAUUCUUGCCUUUGGUUUGGGCUUCUCUGAGUUCCUCCUAGUCUCCAGAACCUCCAGCCUCACUCUGUCCAUCGCUGGCAUCUUUAAGGAAGUCUGCACCCUGCUGCUGGCGGCUCACCUACUAGGCGAUCAAAUCAGCCUCCUAAACUGGCUGGGCUUUGCCCUCUGCCUCUCGGGAAUCUCCCUGCAUGUAGCCUUGAAAGCCCUGCAUUCUAGAGGGGACGGUGGCCCCAAGCCCCCAAAGGGCCUGGUGUCCAGCCCGGACCUGGAGCUGCUGCUGCAGAGCAGCCAGCAGGACGAGGACACGGAGGAGCCCAGGCGCAGCAGUGACCACCCGGAGGACCUGCGCCCCUGCUGCCGCGGCCUUCGACACCCCGACGCGCCAGCAGCUCAGAGCUGGCAGAGGGGUCGCCCUGCCCGGAGCCCGCAGCAGUGACCACCCGGGGACCUGAGCCCCCGUUGCCGCAGCCUUCAAGACCCCAGCACCCCAGCAGCUCAGAGCUGGCAGAGGGGUCGCCCUGCCCGGAGCCCGGGCCUGGCAGUCGCUGGGCAGGACCCUGCAGUGGGCCGGGGCUUCUGGCCUUGCCCUUCCCUCUGAAGCUGGAGCCUGCCCAUGCUGUGCUGGGAGCCAUGUUGGACCAUGGCAGUGAAGGGGUGAGCUCUGCUGGCCUAGCUGGGAGCCAGCAUGGCCUCCGGGGGCUGGGGGUGGGGCCUGACUGGGCUGCCCAGCAGUUGGGAAGUGGACCUUAGGAGGCCAGGUCCUCAUCAUCUGGACUGUGCUCAUAGAGAGCAGAUCUAUUUACAGUUUGGAGAUGAAUGUCAAAGUCCACUGUUGUGUGGUCCCUCCCCCGACCCCCCACGGCAGGGCAGGGGGCAGAGCAGGGAGAGCCGGCCUCCUGCUGCUCUCCUGCUUCUGUGCUGAGCCUAGGCAUCCUUGGGGCCCCUUCACUCCUGCAAGCAGGAAAUAAAUGAGCACUUGCUGGAGAUAACGUUUUUA